CCAGAUAAUUAAUUUUUAAAACAAAAAAAAAUAAUAUCAAACUAUUGAUACCAAAAUAUAUUUUGAGUUAAGACUUAAAAUAUAUUUAACUUAACUUAACCUUAGACUCAAGCCUUCGAGAAUAAGAAGUACAAUGCAAAAUCAUAUUUUUAACAAAAAGAAAGCAAGCGUUACUUCCAGAAUUCAACCCACAAAAAAAACAAAAGGUACUUUUGAUGAAACUAUUUUCCUUAAAGAAGAACAAGCCUCCAUCGAUAUUCGUCCUAGAAAAGGAACAGAAAAUAUUUUAGCUCACUUCAAUAAAGAAGCGAAUGAUACUAUCACCAAAAUCAUGCCGAAACAGGCAAUACCUGAACGUUUAUAUAAUAAGUCAUUUUCCCGGACAUGGUUACAAACGAGUAUAGUUGAAUAUAUCUGGGAAAUUAAUUGUGUCAUGACUGUUUUUAAAAUCGAAAAAGAAUUAUUUUCUGCAAUGUUUCCGGAAACAUCUCUAUACAGGAUUAAAUUAACUAUCGAUAUCGAUACAUCUGAAGUGAUGAAAAGUACACUAAGAUUUUUUUUACUUACUGGAACAAACUUUCAGGGUGUAUGCGAUGUUGGCAUUGUUUCUUCAUCAGAUUUUCGAAAGAUAAAAUGUAAAUCAACCUCUGGCUUAAUAUCAAAUAUGACAUUAUUAUAUGAAACUACCAUAGAAUCGUUGCAAAGCUAUAUCACUAACAAUAACCUUGUAAUGUAUUUCGAAAUCGAAUUUGCUCACCUAUUUGUUACUGAAAGUAUGUACGUAGAUAUGAUGCCAUCAAGUACAAUAUUAUACAAACAAUUCAACUCUGAACAAUCAAAUCUUAUCAAUUUGAAGGCUAAGGAUAAGGAACUAAUUACAUUUAAAAUCAAAGAAGAACAUUACAGUUUUCCCAAAAAAGCACUAUAUGCUAUUAAUAGUAAAUAUUUUAAGAACAUAUUCGAUAUGCUUGAAAAUAAAAAAGACUUAUCAUAUGAGAUAGAAAUAGGGGAGAUGCCAAUACCUUUUAAGCAAAUGUUAUCAUUUAUUUUAUUCGGUUUAUUACCGGAUCCACUUAAUUAUCACAUGCUGCGAGAUUUACUAAUAAUGGCUCAUAAAUAUGAUGUACAAACUCUUAAAAUAUUAUGUGAAAGCUAUUUGAUACAUAUGAUUAAUAUUGAAAAUUCCAUCGAUCUUAUACAGCUUGCGUUGACAUAUAAUGCAAAAUCUUUAGGAAAACAUACUUCUCUAUUUAUUAAGUUGUAUCUAAAAGAAGUUGUACGUAUUAAUGAAUUUCAACGUUUAUCACAAAAUGAUUUAGACAAAAUAUUUAAAUUAGUUUAUGAUAUAAAUUUACCUCUUGACAUCAAAUCAUUAUUAUGUUGA